AUGGCCGACAUCCAGAACCUUGAGCAGCGCUUCGAGGGCAUCAGCGUGCAGGAUGAGAACCUCGACGUCAACACUGCCGUCGCUGCUCAGCACAAGCAGAAGGGCUCACUCUCCCACGCCAUCUCCUUAACCAACCUCCCCUCAAACACCUCCACAACCCAACCCAACCGCCUCAAACUCCCCCUCCAGAAACUCCCCGCCAACAGCCAACCCAAAGGUCCCACUCCCCUCACCAAAAUCACCCUCCCCUCCCAAGCCGCCCAACGCCCCUCCUCCGACUCCCGCCCCUCCGACCCGGACCCUAUCGCCCACCUCCCGUCCGAACCCAAACCCAAGCCCAAACAAUGGCACCUCGGCCUCUUCGAAAUCGGCAAACCCCUCGGAAAGGGCAAAUUCGGCCGCGUCUACCUCGCCCGCGAGCGCGCGACCGGCUUCGUCUGCGCGCUGAAAGUCCUGCACAAAUCCGAGCUCGCGGCAGGGAAAGUGGAAAAGCAAGUCCGUCGCGAAAUCGAAAUCCAAUCGAACCUCGCUCAUCCCGGCUUGUUACGCCUCUACGGCCACUUCCACGACAGCAAGCGCAUCUUCCUCAUCCUCGAGUUCGCGGGCAAAGGCGAACUGUACAAACACCUCCGCAAAGCGCAACGCUUCUCCGAACCCGUCGCGGCGCAGUACAUCGCGCAGAUGGCGUCGGCGUUGAAGUACCUGCACAAGAAACACGUGAUCCAUCGCGACAUCAAGCCCGAGAACAUCCUCGUCGGCAUCCACGGGGAGAUCAAGAUCAGCGACUUCGGCUGGUCGGUGCACGCGCCGAAUAACAGGCGGAACACCAUGUGCGGCACGCUGGACUACCUUCCCCCGGAGAUGAUCAAGCCCAGCCGCGAGGACAGUUUCUACAGCGAGAAAGUGGACUUGUGGAGCUUGGGCGUGUUGACCUACGAGUUUCUCUGCGGGGAAGCGCCGUUCGAGGAUAGUAUGGUGAUGACGCAGCGCCGGAUUGCGCGGUGUGAGAUGACGGUGCCGAGUUUCGUGAGUAGUGAGGCGAGGGAUUUGAUUAAGAGGUUGUUGGUGUUGGAUCCGGAGAAGCGGUUAACGCUGGAGGAGGUCGAGGUGCAUCCGUGGAUUUUGAGGCAUUGUGCUAAGAAGGAGGGGGAGAAGUAG